AAUUACUAUAAUUUACAUACUUAGACAAACAAUAUUUUUCCAGUAGAAAUUAGAAUAGUGUAAUUCAUAAUAAUAUUAUAUGUUUCAACUGAAUUACCUUUUAAUUUUCUGUAAUGACAAAUAGUUAAAUUAAAUUAGUUAAAAUAAAUAUAUUUGUUUGAACACAACAAGCGUACGAUAACUAGUUAAUGCACUACGCGAUGGCAGCGACUAUCGACCAAUGUGCCGGAGUACCGUUUAAUCCAGCAAAACUACAUUCUUCAAUCAAAAUUCCAUUUCCAAAAUCAUCAGCCAUCGAAAACGAAUAUUUUGUAUACCACCAAUCGGAUCUUUUUUCUCAAAGUUUUUCGGCCAUAGAAGGUAUUCGACGAAUGGGCAAAUUGUGCGAUGUCACGUUAAAAGUAGAUAAUAUGUCGUUUAGUGCUCAUCGUAUUGUGUUGGCUGCCGUCGUUCCCUAUUUUAAUGCUAUGUUUACGCACGAUAUGAUCGAGAGCACCCAAAAAGAUAUAGUCAUGCAUGGGAUCGACCCAGAAGCAUUAGAAGCGUUAAUCAAUUUUGCGUAUAGCAGUCGAAUAUCUAUCAAUGUCAAUAAUGUACAAUCGCUAUUAAUCGGUGCAUCGUUUCUACAAUUAAAAUGGGUCCGAAAUGCUUGUGCUACAUUCAUCAAAGAACGUCUUCAUCCAAAUAACGUUUUAAAAGUUAGAACGUUAGCAGAUUCCUUGGGAUUAUACAGCCUAGUAACCGAUGCCAAUCGUUAUAUGGCACAGUACUUUCCCGAUAUAACAUUAUCGGAUGACUUUCUGAAUCUUAGCAUUUCUGAAAUAAUAGACAUAGUGAACAAAGACGAACUGCAAGCGUCAGAAGAACAAGUAUUCGAAGCGACAAUGAGAUGGGUGAAACAAGACGACUCUAGACAAGAAAGUUUUCCUCAACUAUUAGCCGCCGUCAGGUUGCCUUUGCUUUCUCCUCAUUAUUUAGCGGAUCGUGUUGCCACCGAAGAAUUAGUUAGAUCGUCGCAUGAAUGCAGGGACUUGCUAGAUGAAGCUAAAGAUUAUCAUUUAAUGCCUGAACGUCGACUGCUUCUACAAAGCUUCCGCACGAGACCUCGUUGUGUCAGUUACAUUCUAGGACAAAUUUAUGCAGUUGGUGGACUCACAAAAUCAGGCGAUUCAUUAAGUACUGUUGAAGUGUACAAUCCGUUGACUGAGCGAUGGGAAAUCGCCGAAGCUAUGAGUAUACUACGUAGCAGAGUCGGCGUAGCCGUAUUGCACAACAAACUCUAUGCAUUCGGAGGCUACAACGGUAUCGAGAGGUUGUCUUCGGUAGAAGUGUUUGAUCCCAUUUCAAAAACUUGGAAUAUUGUAUCGCCUAUGCAUAGGAGACGGAGUGCCCUCGGAGCUGCAGCUUUAAACGAUAGAUUAUAUGUGUGUGGAGGGUUUGAUGGUGUCAGUUCACUGAACAUUGUUGAAUGUUACCAACCUGAUUUAGACCGAUGGACAAUAAUUACACCAAUGCUAAAACACAGAAGUGCCGGAGGUGUUGUCGCAUUCGAUGGUUAUAUUUAUAUACUGGGCGGUCACGAUGGUCUUAGUAUUUUUGACUCGGUAGAAAGAUAUGAUACGUACACGGGACAGUGGUCGUCGGUGACGCCCAUGUUGGUCAAACGCUGUCGUUUAGGUGUGGCCACAUUGAACGGUAAACUUUAUGCCUGUGGCGGAUACGAUGGUUCGACAUUUUUGCAAACCGUCGAAGAGUAUGAUCCCCAAACGGACAAAUGGAAGUUUGUGGCUUCGAUGAACGUUACCAGAAGCCGAGUGGCGCUUGUGGCCAACGCCGGUAAGCUUUGGGCUAUCGGUGGUUACGACGGAUUUUUGAAUUUGCCCACUGUCGAAGUGUACGAUCCAAAAACCGAUUGUUGGACGUUUUCGGCUUCCAUGUGUGCCCACGAAGGUGGUGUCGGCGUAGGCGUCAUACCCAUACAAGAGCCCGAAGUUCCGUAGCGAUACCUACGUAACACGUUACCUAUUUGCGCCGUGUGAACAAAAUUAAUUUUUCGUUUUAUAAUAUUAAUUCCACAUUGUUACAACAAUAACGACCAUCGUCGAAGGCGGCGAGAUUUUAUUACUGACCAAUGAGACUCGAAAGAGUAGCAAACCCACUUGGUUUACCGUUUGCUACCUCACGUUACACCUUUUGAACCCUUGCCAAGAUCUCAUUAACCAAACGUGUGUCUGUGUGUGUUCCGGUUUUAAUUAGUUGUUGUUCGUUUGGGCGCCGGCUUGCUUUUCAUUUGCAACAACACAGUUUAUCAGUUAGCCCUUUCGUCAACCGAUGGUUCAUUAGUCGAGACCUCGCAUCUUAUAAACACUAACAAUGGCAUGCAAUGAUCUUUUGUAUCAAUUAUACCGCCCACCAUACCUGUACAAGUAUCUUGUUGUUAUUUAAUUGCAAUCAUGAUAAUAUGCAGUAUAAAGAAAAAAAAAACUGUAAAUCGCUAUUACUGUACAUAAUAUUGUAUUUAAUAAAAGAUGUC